AUGUUCAAAGAAACGAGGCUUGACAAGUUGUUGAUGUAAAACACAACUUGACUUUGAAUGUUCAAAGAAACGAGGCUUGACAAGUUGUAGAAGUAAAACACAACUUGACUUUGAGUUUCUUCUGUGUUUUUCCAAGUUGUGUUUUACAUCCUAUCAUCCCUUUUCCCCUUCUAUAUUUAUAUCCUAUCAUCUCUCUUCCCCUUUAUACCCACCAAGCUCUGAUCAAAGGCAUCAACAUGACCAGUGGUGCAGUACUGCAGGAAGAGCAAGUGAAGCUGUUAGGCUCAUGGUAUAGUCCAUUUGUGAAAAGAGUAGAGUGGGCUCUCAAAUUCAAAGGCAUUGAAUAUGAGUAUGUAGAAGAGGACUUGAUUAACAAGAGCUCUCUUCUUCUCACCUCCAACCCAGUUUAUAAGAAAGUCCCUGUGCUGCUUCAUAAUGGCAACCCCAUUGCGCAAACGCUUGUUAUCAUAGAGUAUAUCGAUGAGACUUGGAAGCAUAACCCUAUUUUGCCUCAAGACCCUCAUGAGAGAGCCAAGGCUCGCUUUUGGGCUGAUUUCAUUGAAGUAAAGCUGACAGACGUGGUAAGAACAGCACUGAUUACUCAAGGAGAGCAACAGGAGAAGGCAGUGAAGGAAGCAAAAGAAGCCAUGGAAGUGCUUGAAGGAGAGGCAGCCAAGCUCAAGGGGGAGAGAGUAUUCUUCGGAGGCAACAAUGGUAUAGGGUAUGUCGACAUUGUGCUAGGCUUGAUGUGUGGUUGGGUGGAAGUCAUUGAAGAAGUUGGAGGGUUCAAGUUGUUGGACCCUCAAAAGCAACCUCACAUUCACAAAUGGGUGGCCAACUUUGUGGAGUUGCCUCUCAUCAAGCCAACCUUGCUGCCUAAGGAGAAAUUGAUGAUUCACUUUCAAAUGAUUCGCCAAGCUUGUUUAGCUUUGGUUGCCAGGAAAUGAGAGAUAGGAUCUUGCUAAUUAAAUAUUAAUUUCUCUUAGUUAAAACCUUUCAUCCACUAUGUUUGGGUUUUGAUAAUAUUUAUGUAAUUUUCGAAGUUUGCUUAGUUUUUGAUCUAAUAGUAAAUGAUACGUCAUAUCUGAA